UAUCUAUUCAUAAAUGGGUACUUAAUAUAUAGUUAUAUAUAUUAGCAAAAUAAAGUACGAAGAAGAAUGAUAAGAAGAAAGAUAAGAAAUUAACAACUAAAAAUGUUUCAAAAGUGAUAUAAAAGAAGGUCCCAAAAAAGUUAGUAAAGAAAGUUUAACCAAAAAAGACUGUUCUUGCAAAAAAGAAAGUUGUGGUUAAAAAAACAUAAAAAAAACUUGUUGUUAAAGCAGUUCCUGUGAAAAAGGUUGUUCCUAAAAAAGCAAAAGUGGCUCCCGCCAAAAAAUAAGUUUCAAAAAAAUAAAAUGCUAAAGAAUAAAAAGUUGAUAAAUAAUCAAAAAGUAAAGUUCUUAAGCCAGUUACUCCAAAGGCUGAUGCGACACCAAAAGUACCAGGAAAGUUUGCAGCAUAUACUUUAGAUUAAUAUUAAGCUUAUCUGAAGGCAAUUAAGGAUUGGUCAUCAAAAACUAAUUAAGAGAUUAAGGAUAAUUUACGAAAAAAUUUAUAAAGUAUGACUGGAAACAAAGAUGAAUUAUUGAAUAAAAUUGCUGAUGGAAUUGUAUUAGGAUCAAUACCUAGAUGUCCUCAUUGUUUUGGUGGAAGACCCAAAUUCAAUUAAGCUACUGGAAGGUAUUGUAAAAUAAUUAUUGUUAGCUAUUUCUGUGUUGGAUAUAGAGAUGACACUGAUUUUAAGUUUUGCAACAAAGUGAUUACAUCUUUGGAUAGAACUCCAUGGUAAGUUUGAAUUUAUCAAUUUAAUAAAUACAAAAACAAAAUAUUUGCACUUAAGGUACUUCUCUAUUAUUUAUUGUUUUAAUAGUUUCGAUCAUAAUUAUUUCCAUUUUAUUAAUUCCAUUCCUAACUUAAUAGUCUAUCCUAAUUAUUUAUCAUCC